GUCACGCAGAGGCGACGCAGAGCUCAGAAGAGGCGGAAGAGCGGAACGAGGAACGCGGAGAAGCAUCCUUCACCUUUGUUUGCCCAAGGUGAAGAGGAGAUGCCUAAGGUGAAGAGGAGCAGAAAACCACCUCCAGAUGGUUGGGAACUGAUUGAACCAACCUUAGAUGAGUUGGAUCAAAAAAUGAGAGAAGCUGAGACUGAACCCCAUGAAGGGAAGAGGAAAGUCGAAUCUCUUUGGCCCAUUUUCAGAAUUCAUCACCAGAAAACACGCUACAUUUUUGAUCUCUUCUACAAGAGGAAAGCCAUUAGUAGAGAAUUGUACGAGUAUUGCAUUAAGGAAGGCUAUGCAGACAAAAACUUGAUUGCAAAGUGGAAGAAACAAGGUUAUGAAAACCUCUGCUGCUUGCGCUGCAUCCAGACCCGCGAUACCAAUUUUGGAACCAACUGCAUCUGUCGAGUGCCCAAAAGCAAGCUGGAAGUGGGAAGAAUAAUUGAGUGUACUCAUUGUGGAUGCAGAGGCUGUUCCGGAUGAAGCGUUUUCUUUUUUCCACGUGACCACACCUUUCUGAGAGAUUCUUAAACGGCUGACUCCCCAUCAAUGACUGUUCACAAGAGCUAUAACUUGUAUUUUAAAAGGAACUUGCAGUGAGUGGCGUGCCUUGGCACCCCAUAAUGCAUCCGCCUGAAUUGUAAAUGCUGUAGUGUGUCUGUGUCUGUUGUAGCCUUUAUUUUAAAAUAAAAACCUUCCCUACUUCCCGAAGAGGUAUGGGGGCAUAGUUCUGUGCUAUUUUUAUGAAUUUGUUUUCAUAAUAAAGGGUUAAUUGGGUA